GUUCCGUGAGGACCAAUGAAAGACAGAUCGCAACACUAUGUCUGAGCUUCGCUGCUAGACGCGAAUUGAUACCCGAAUGCUCCGUUUGACAUUCAACAAAGAAAUCAUUGCAGAUACCCAACAUCGCCUGCAGUUUUGUACUUUUUCACAUUUCAUAUUUCUGAUGAUAUUGCAUAGUUUGGGGUCUGGUGCAUGGGAAUUGGGUGAGGGAGCAUUUGCAUCAUUAAAAGUUUGCUAUAUCAUUUCUUAUUCGAUGGGUGUUAUUAUUUAUCUCAACUUUAUAUGGCAGCAUUUUAUCACCAAUUGACAUGGCCUAUCAUGGCAAUUAUGAGUGACUUCUAUUCUACUUCGUGAAAGGAUCAUAGUUUGUGAGAGGGAACAAUUUACGACAUCAAUCGAUUUAAAUUUAUCUCCCAUCUAGAAAAAUAUGCCCAUUGCCAGUUGCC